CCACCGAAAGCAGACGAGAGAGCAGAAGAAGAGGGAGAUCAACACUGUAGUGAAGCUAUGGCUAACGACAAGAAUCCCCUGGACCAUCUCAAAGACCUGGUGGAGCUGAAGGACCAGCUAGAAGACAUCCAGAAGCGCAUGGAGGAUGAAAUACAAGCUGGGGUUCCUCCUGGAGGCAGUCUGCUGGCUUCUCCUUUCUUGAAGGGGUUUCUGGCUGGAUAUGUCGUUGCAAGGCUACGCUCCUCUGCCUUGCUGGGCGUGGCAGUGGGAACAUGCACUGGGAUUUAUGCAGCGCAAAAUUAUCAAGUCCCUAACGUGGAAAAUACCAUCAAAGACUACAUGCGCAGCCUGACUGGAUCCAAAUAAGGAGAAACAUAAAGAAGACAAGAAAAAGGCAGAUGUCUUUAAGAAGAAGGUGCCAUUACAUACGGGAACAGAUAGUUUUCACCUUCAACACGGAUGAAUGUCGAAAGUUUCUAAAGUAGCAAACCUUUGAGGACAAAUUCAGAUUGGACUCUUGAGCUUUAAAUCUGUUCAGUUUCAAUCUUACAUGUGAAAUUUGGCUCAGACUUUCUCGAAAGUAAUCUUUUUAUAAAACCAUUUGAUCAAGAUUUGGUAUGGAGUUUAAGAAAUUUUCUUUGAAUAUCUGCUGCCCCCUAGUGGUCAGAAAACCAUAAUAACAGCCUUAAAUAAUUUGCACUGUAUAAGUUAUCACGUUAAACAUCUCAAGUGAGGAAACUCUGCAGGUACAAAGAUAUUAUACAUAGAUCUGUAAUUUUUCUAACUUUUAAGAUGAGAAUUCAAGUAUUUCACUGAGGGAACACAGGAAGCUGAUUAUAAGAUGCAUGCCAUAUUGAUCAUAGUUUCCAAUGGUCUUGGGGAUUUUAGAGUAUUUUUGUGUCAAGUUGACAUUGAGAGUGCCUCCUCUAGUGUGGACUCCACAUUAUCAUCUCAUGCUGUGUGUGCAAUGACCUUUCCCUGAUGGGACUGGGAUACCUUUUUUUUUCAGAUGCUGGAAACCACAUGUUUUGCACAGUGGGAAGUUCAGGGAUCGAAAUAUGUUACAUUUCUUACUUCUCUGUUUUUGUCAGAAUCUAUCAAACGGCAAGAAUGGGCUGUGAAAUGUGGUGUUUGCAUGCGUUUGAGGUUGUCUUUUUCCAAAUGAGAGCUCUUUGUUGCUGCAGGACACUAUUGUACAGAAUAAUACCAAAACACUCCAACUUUCAAAGAUUAAAGGACAAUAUUUCCCCAAAUGACACUCUGCUAUAAUGACAACUUAUACUGCUUUUGCACAAAUGACCGAACAGAUUUCUGUGUAAGAAAUCAAACUGCACUCAAAUUAUUGUCGGAAAUGAUGUUGCACUAUUGAUAUUAUUUUGCUUCCUUUAAGCAGCAGUAAUCGUGCUGUGAAAGACAGAAGCUUUGAGAAGACCCAUGUUUGAGGUACUGAUGAUGUUGGUUGUAACUGGAACCCAGAAACUAUUUGUGCCUGUUGACAAUCAUUGUGUGUCCAUCUUUGUUUUGCAUGGCCUAGGUUUAGUUGAAAAGAAUUUCCUUUUUCUUUUGUCUUUGCAUGUUUUUUGGGGAGUUGCCAUAGUUUUUGCUGAAAACAAACUCAGUCGAUGGUGCUUUGUGGUCAUUACUUGUUUUUGCGACGCGAUAACAUUCAACUUGACUUUACAGAACAUCCACACUGUGAGACAGAUUGAAAUAAAAACCACACUCUGUCACCACUCAGUUUAUUUCAAAUAAAAUGGGAAAACUUGCCUAAAA